AUUUGAAUGGGAUCGUUCGUUUCAAUUCAGGUUACAAAUUUUACGUUGACAAUUUAGGAAAAUAAUCUACUGGCAAAUUCUACUGUGAUGUCCUAUCGAGAUGAAUUAAAUAGUAGGUACGCAUUCGUAGGUACCUAUAAUAAUAUGAUAUUUAAUCAAAUCACUGACACUGCGUACAUUUGGUAAAAAUUACCAGUGAAACUAAGCGAGUUUAUUUAAAUUAAAAAAACUAAUAAAAAAUAAACAUUAAUUAAUAUUGAUUUAAAUUAACGUUCCAAAGUCUGGUAUUCAAACAUAGCUAGUAUAAUAAUUCCAACGGAUUAUUAUGGUUUACGGGCUCACGUUAAAAAAUUGAAAGCGGCAAAUGCGACCAUGGCGAGAUCGCGCACGGACAGUUCUCCGUUAUCGGCUGCCGUUUUAUAAGUUUCGAUCAAACUGUCCGGCACGCCGACUCUCGUAAUCUUAUUCUCAAACUUUUUGCGCCAUGUUCGGACCACUUCCAGAGCGCGUUUAUCUUUCGGUUUACUGAAAUCCUUCGGACGAUAAGUUUCGUCGCCGAAAACAUACCUGCAAUUAUUUAUGAGUGUGGUGUAUUGAUAUACAUAUAAAACCGACGUAUCUACAAAAUGUACACUGCGAACAUUAUUAACGUACAUAUAUUUUAACCGUAGAAAUGUCAGAAAUAAAUAAAUAAACGUAACAACGUACACAUUUAUUAAACGUAUAGAAGACGACAUUCACAACACUUAGAAUUUCGUAUUUGUACUCCUAUAUAAUUACAACGACAAUAAUUUGUUAUUUCGCGUGUUUACUGAAUGUUUGGUUCAACGAAUAAUAUAUUUCGCAUCAAAAUAGCCGGAUAGACUUCACUCCGUGGCCGGUGUUCAUGAGAAAUGGGGGGGGGGAACCAAAAUGCGGUAUGGUUUGGUUUAUAAAUUUAUGAUAAAGAAAAACAUAUUAUCAAUCUGCUUUCUUUAGUAUCUAUUGGUAUGUUCAAAGGUCACCCACUCACUCAACAGUAAUAUUAUAAAAACAAAUGGACAUAUUUCGCACGUGGGUGGGCUACUGAUGUAGGCGAGAAAUUGGGAAGGUAGAUGGGAAAUUUAAUGUAUAUCCGUACGCAACGAUUAACCAUUGCUGACGAUUCUGAGCGGAGUUCGGUUAAAAAUGUUGAUUCGUCAAUAGUAUAUAUGUCAAAUUAUGAUAAAAUAAUUACAUAUGCAUUAUAAAUUUGUCUUUAAUAAUAUUUGUUUAAUAUUGUAUCUAUUUUAAGGAAAUUUAUUGGAAAAACACCUAGGAAAAUCAAAAAAAUUAUCUCCCUCAAAUACCGACCCAGUAAAAUCCCCUUUCAGAAAAGGCGCUAUACUUGAUACUUAGGAGCAUGAUUUCCGGUAGAAACUUCGUACACGGAAUAAAAAACAAAAAUAAAUAUACAUCUCUGUAAAACUAAUAUACAUUCAAUAUUUCUUUGGAAUCAAAUAAAAAACAAUAUAUUAAAAUAUGAAUUUUUUUUUUGUUGUGUAAAUAUAAUUAUUAGGUUUAAAAUACUCAACGAGAUCAGCUGACACUCAAAUGGCACAGAAAUACUUUCUGUGCCAUUUACUGUUAUCAAUAUGUUCAACAAAAUUUUCUAAAAAAGAGCUGAUACUGGGGAUGGAAGCGGCCACUGUUGUAGGUGAGUAGUUGGGAAGGUAGGAUACAUAUGGUUAUUCAUUAAUAUCAGUAAGGAACGAUAAACCAUUGUUUGAUAAAAAUAUGAUUCCGAGCGCAGUUUGGUAGUACCUAAUUUGAAAUACCGUAAUUUAAAAGUAGACGGGUCGUCGUUUCAUUACGAAAAUAAAGACGAUAAAAAAUAAUUGUAAUAUAACAUUUAGAGCUGCUCAUUUCUACGUUUUUUUCUUGGAAAAAAUUAAUACAUUGGAAAAUAACGAGUGUUUUAUUCGAUAAAUUAAUCGCCCUGUAAAAACGGGUACCUAUUCAUUUCGUGUAACGGAACGUAUUUCGUAAAAUCGUCGAGUUCCACGUACAACCGAUGUUUUGGUAAUGUCCGAUAGCAUUCGUCCACCCCUACCAGAUCGUGAGACAUUAGAUCGUACAGCCCGUCGAACCUUUGUCUCAAAAGGUGCUCGCCGAUACUGCAAUACGAGUUCGACGACAAACUACAAUCACUGCCGUCGUCCUCGGCCGCGGAGUUUUUGAACUGCGUGAACAGUUCGAACAAUAUUUCUCCGCAACAUUUUAAGUCGACCGCGUCUAAAGGCUCGACGUGAUUCUCGUUUUCGUCAUUUGAAUCCUGCGGUACAACACUCAUCGUGCAACCGUAGUAAUUUAAAAUCGUCGAUAACGCUAUUAUUAUAUUAAUAAUAACAAAUGACAGUAUGCGCCAGGGAAAAAAAUCGAAUACUACUGGUAUUAUUUUUGUUUGAAAUAUGCCCAUUCUAUAAUUUACGGUUACUUCGGUAACCGUUUUUAAAUCGCGUUGAAAACGUUCGAGGUAAACACCGUAAAUCAUAUUAUAUUUACCGUCCCGACACGACAGGUUAAAACUAUAUCAUUAUUUAUACAUAUACACACAUAUAAUAUAUACGCAUACAAAAAAAACUCUAUUAAAUGAAAUUAAAUGCGUAUUACGGGCGUCUAAGAAAAACUCGUGUUUUUUAUGCCGAUAUUGUUGAUGGGUGUGCCACUUGUUCUAGGUAUGAAGUUGAAUUGCGUACUACGCAACGCUCGACAUUUCUUUUUCUUUUUUUUUUAAACACUAAUAACAACUUAAAAUGAGACUCGCGUCAAACGCUCAAGCGUUUCGAUUAAGUAAAAUAAUUGUGUCCGCGUAGUGUAUUUAACUUCGAAAUACGGGUUUUCCGGGUUUCAUCCGGCUAUUCAGAAAACUACACGGAAAAUCAAAAACAACUGUCUAUCAACCUAUCAAACGGAUCCGAAAUUCAAUAAACGAGGUUUCGUGACAUUUUUCGAUCGGUGCAAGAUUUCUAGAUUGAAAGUUGUUCGCACGCGGGAAAAUAAAUCACACAUCACAUAGUAAAACCGACGUCUGUACAGUUGCAUUUUAUUAAGUACCGUUUUGUCCGUUAAUUGGUUUGAAAUCCGCCCCGCGUGUGAUCACGCCGUUUUGUUUUCAUUUUUAAAGAUAGUUACUAUCGGCGCGGCGACAUACCGAAUAUCAAUUAAUAAUUGUAAUACUGCACUUGGUACUAUACUUACGCGCGUUAACAUGAAUCAUCUUGAACGGGGAGACUUGUACACACUUUGGUUUCCAAAGAACAACGGGAUAUGCGUACGGAAAUUGUGUAGUAUUUUAACCGCGUGUACGUGGCGACGUUGAAGUACCUGCCCGUUGAAAAUAAUACAUAAUAUCGUUUAAAGCGCACUCGCAACGUGUACAAAUAAUUAGGAAAACAACCAUGAAAAUUAUUUAUACGAAAAAAAAAAAAACGUCACACGUUAUUAUACCUGGUUGCCCGUUGCGUGCGCUCGUGCAAAUCAACGGUAAUAAUAUUGUUGUCGAACCCAAGGACAUUGGAAACAAAAUAACAUAAUUGUAACAUCAUAAUUAUAAAAAAAUAUAUCAACGUAAAAUAUUUGAUUCGGAGAUUCUAUGUUAUGACAAAAGAAACAAAACAAAUGAAGUUAUUAGGUUUUGUUAUAUUUUUAUGCGAGGUAUAACGUAACAUUAUAACGCGUACACAGGAAUGGUAUUGUUGGUAAACAAAUGUAUACCUAAUAAUAAUUAUACGUAACGUUCUGUAGCUUUUCGAAAAAAAAUUCGGAAGUCAUUAUUGUACCGUAAUACCGAAUCUGAUUUAUCUAUUUACAGAUUGCGCACAGUGGUACUAUUAUACGAGUAAUUAGUUACAAACGGAUUGUACGCUCGGAAAUAAUUUGGUUUUCCUGAUAUUUACACCGGCCGAAUAUAAAAACUUAAUAUUUCAUCAAUUUCCAGUCUGGGUUGGCAAACACCCGGGUUUUAUUUAGAAACAAAAAAAAAAAAAAAGAAGCUUUUCUAGGAUAAUGGGGACGGGUGCAGCCACUGUUAUAGGUAAUUUAAUGUAUAUCUGUAAGCAACGAAAAACCAUUGAUUACGAAAAAAAAAUUUGCCUGAAAAACUCUCGGAAAAACCGAAAAAUGACCUCCCUAAAGUACUUUCUCGGUAAAAUUUUCUUUCGAAAACAUUUCAAUCAUCAUAAAUUGGAGCUUAAGUGCUGGUAGAAAAGUUGCACAGAAAAAAAAUCGUGAUAUAUUACAAAUAUAUUUCGUACAUUUUCCCGUUUUUUUUUUUUCGGUUUAUCAUAUUUAAUGAGAAAACUCUCGAAAAAAUCGAAAAAUUACCUCCUUUAAGUACCUUAUCAAACCGAUUUCCUUUCAGAAAAGUCACUUCACUUAAAAAUGUUUUCUGGUAGAAAAGUUGCGUACAGAUAAAAAAAACCUUUGUAAACCAUAAGCUUCUUUGCUCCACUCAGAAUCUAAAAAAAUAAAAUAAAAAAUAAACAUUAUUAUAAAACCAGUAAAUUCCUCGCUUCUCUCAGAAUCUGAAACGUCAAUUUUUAUCAGAGAAUUUAAUUUUAACCUUAUGUCUCGUACGAAAUAAACUAAUUAGCCGAAUACGAAUUAGCCAAACGGUUUAUCUAACUAUUGAAAUCAACAAAUAUUUACUUGAAGUAUAAAGUUAUUUAAGAUAUAACAUUUCUAGUUGUUCUCGGAAUUAUUUCUUAUUAUCGAUUAUAUUUUAGUAAUUUUAUAGAAAGGCACUUAUAAUUUUUAUCUUGGUUUUUUAUAAUAUGACUUGUUGAUUAUGUUGUUUUUAUUCUACCUUAAAUUAAGAUAAAAAUUAAUCUAUUAAGGUCUUUAAUAAAUAAAUUAAAUAAUUAUAUAAUUAUAAAUUCUAUAGUUAGGUAGUUAUGAAUGUUUUAAGAGUUAUAAUUGGUUUUCUAUUAACAAAUAUAAAUUUGUAAACAAACAAAAAUAAUUUAAUUUUGUUUCCAAUAAUUGUUACAAGUAAAUAGAGAAAAAAAACUAAAAAAAAUGCGGAUUUUAUUAAACCCGGUAAAUGUACCUAGGUAGAUUAAGUAUGGUAGGUUUUCUUUAGGUGGAGAUUUUAAAAACUUUACGCGGCACCUUGCUAUGAAGAGGAAAACGAAUUCGAUUACAUACAAAUAAUGGGUACUUAUAUUUGUAUUGAAUGGUCGACAGGAUUCGAUAAACUGUCAUACAUUUUUAAAAACACUGCUAAGGUUUUUUUUUUAGCAGGGGAAAGAGCUUUAGUUUUUAAUGACCAAACAAAAAAAAGUUGUCCUAGGAUAAUGGAGAUGGUUGGCAGCUACUAUUAUAAAUAAUUUUAAUGUAUACCUUUAAGCAACAGUUAACCAUUUCUGACGAAAAACGAUUCUGAGGGGAAUUCAAUUGAUAGUGUUAUUUUAUCAACAAUAUAUGUGUCAUAUUAUGGUGAAAUAAUUACAUAUGCAUUAUUUAUUUCCAUUAAUAUUUGAUAUUGUACCUAUUUUCUCGGUUUUCUCACGUUUUUCCCGUUUAUCGGGAAAACUCCUGGAAAAUUCAAAACAUGACCUCCUUAGCUAGAGUACCACCCCAGUAAGGUUCGCUUUCAGAAAAUUGAAAGGUUUGGUUUUGAACGUCCCUAUCAAGUUUUGAUUGGAGCAACAUUUCUAAUAGAAGUGUUGUAGACUGACACAAAACGAAUAAUUGUAUUAUUUUUAUACUUUUCCAACUAUACUCACCUACAGUGUCCGUAUAGCGCGAUUCACCUAUGCAGGGCUUUUAUUUUAAAUCUAUAUCAAAAUAUAUCGAAAAGUCAAAAAUAAAAGAUAAUAUUUUAGAGUGUACUAUUACCGAUCAAAUUAUCCUUGUUAUACUGAUAUAAAAAAAACCGUAGUUAUUGAACAAAAAAAAAAACAAAAAAAAAAAAAAAUCGAUUUCAAGUGCGAUUUCUCGUUGUACGAAUCGAAAAACUCAUUAAGCACAAAUUUGUACGCGCAUUACUAUAAAAUUUUAAUAAUAAUAUGUACAAUGAUUGCACUUAAAACCGGUACAGGUGACCGGUACACCGCCUAAUGACGAGAUCCGAUUAUUGCGACGGAUUUAUCAAACUCGAUCAGUCGCUGCGGUUACGAACAAAAACGGCGUUUUUGAAAAUGCGAUUUGUAUUGUGUACGCUUGCGCAUUACAAUAGCGCGGGUUUAAAAUUACCGAUUACAAUAAACCGUAAUGAGCGACCUAACCGCCAACAUUGUACGGCAACAACGAGCGUUAUUCGAUUUUCGUGAGCAUCAUACCAGACGAACAUUUUACCCCGAAAGGUUUAUUCGAAUGCCGCGUGCGAACACCUAAUAUUGGGCCACCGGGUCUGCAGAGAAACGUCGUUGUUCGUUUCGUCCCCGUCGCGUCGCAUAACCACCAAGACGGCAAAUACUACACCGUGUCAAUAUGAUACUGUUGAAAUGCUUUAUGGUUAUUUUCGUCGGACAAUUUUUAGACGUGACAUCGGUGGUAAGCACAUACAAUAUUAUUAUGCCGACCCCCGGGGCCGCGUUAAGCUCAACCAUAGCCCUAGACGCGUGUUCGUCGAUAGCCCGUUGUAAAAAAAACAUCCAAACGACACACUUCUAUGAUAACCGACGCCUUGCGUGUGAUUUAAGUAUUAAAAUUCAAAAUCGCUACAUGUUACUUAAUCUAUUUUAAUAUGCUUAAUUUCGGUAUACUAUCGCGCAUUACUAGAAAUAAAAUACCCCCUGCCAUUGUCUAGCCCUAGACACGUGCCUACAUCGCCGAUACGUCAAUCCGGGCCUGAUUUACUCCUGAUUGACCGACACCUUUUAUCCGAAUACGAUGACCUCAAAGGUGAAUUAGAAUAUCGACGUCGAUACCGAUGCACGAGAGCUGAGUUAAAAAACUGGAGAAAUCGAUGUAAAAAAUUCCCUAAUUAAUAUUCUUGUAAUUUCAUAUGCAGUGUAUGAACAAAUAAAAAUAUGUUUCUUCUGCCAUCGUAAUAAGGCUCGAAAAACACAAUUUAGACGCAUUUAAAUAUUUAUAUUAUUACCUGACUGCUUAAAUUUGAAAUCUUACUCAGAAAACCGAAACGUUUAUGAAGUUUCUAUUCAAUUAUAUUCCUCAUAACAAUAAUAUUUUAUUAAUAAUCUUUUUACCAAAUUAUAGGUUUUGAAUUAAAAAUGCCAUUAUGUAAUGCCUUAUGUAAUAAUAAAAUAUGAUAUUGUGAAUAAAAAUUAAAUAGCUAGAAAAAAAAAAAGAUAAAUUAUACAGGUUAUAAGUCGAUAUUAUAAUUUCCAGUACAAUCCAAUGUUGACAUACAAUAUUCGUUUCAACAAACUGCGCUUUUUGCCAAAUGUAACUGGAAACUACACGAUUUUCCAACAAAAGGAUAAACAAUAUGUUAGUGGAUACAUUCAAAGACCGACGACCGAUGAAGUCAACAAAGUAUAAAAACUGCAUUAUAGUAACUAACCCGAAAUGUAUCGAAAAUCAAAGCUGGGCACUAACCAGUUAAAAAGUUAAAUUUAAGUUUAGACGUUAUUUUUUAAGUGACUUUCUAAAUUAGCUAGUUCAUUUUUAUACGUAAUAACUUUGUAACUUAACUAGAUGAUAGAUAUAAAUACAUUUUCUUUUAAAAUCAGUACCAGUUACCAGGUACACAAAAACAUAAUAAUUUUAAAAAAUAUAUAUUUUACGAAUUAUUACGAGAAAAUUACAUUUGUUUUUAAUGAAUAGUGAUCAAAAUAUCAUUUUUGAAUUAUUAUUAAUUAUUAAUGUUAUUGUUUAAGAUAAUUGUAGUUUUUCACCGUUGUAAUCCAGAAGGACUCAACUGUGAGUAUUUUCAGUCAUGGACACUUACCGAUUUAUGCACCCUAUUGAAGGACAAAAACCAAAUAUGGUCCAAAUGGUACGGGGCGUUUGACCCGCCAAUUCUUUGUCCAAUAAAUCAGGUAAUAACCGGUACAUGCUUAUUUAAAAUAAGCCAUUUUCUAUUGAAAACAAAUUGUACAAAUUAUAAUUUCUAUACCGUUUUUAAACACCUUACGUACCCACGUUAAUAUAGUCAUUGAUUUGAAUAAAACAUACGGUGGCGUGCGCUAAGGAGUACCCUCUCCUUUAGAAGGCGAGGUAAACCGACACCCCGAUUUGCUUUACAACACAACAACCAUGGGUAUUUCUAUAGCAAUUAAAUAUUAAUGUGUAUAGGUUUCAGCCGAGUAACAAAGAAUAUCGUGAUUUAUUGAUUAAAAGUUGCGUCUUUGGCUAAUUUUCCAUUAUCCAGCUGGGUAAAGGAAAAUAUAAUACGGUUUAUUUAUAAUGUUGACUGCAUCUCUUUCAUUCAAAAUUCUCGGGCACGCCACUGAAAACAUAUAAUGGAUAAGCAGUUUAUAAUUUAUUAACCUACGCUCUGUAAACUGUAAUUCAACAACAAUAACUUUGUGAUAUUGUAUGCUUAUAGUACACAUAUGUAUUCCGAAACUCGACCGGAGAAGUCAAUAUAUUUCUAAAAUGGUAUCCGGACGUGCUAAACUAUCAAUGGAAAAUAACGCAAAAAUUGUACUCCGGCGAUUUUUAUAUCGGCAGCUACGUGAUCGAAUACGCGAUAUUUGGCUAUAGGAGAAGGAACACAAAACCGAAAAAUUAAAUUUGAAUAUUAUCAUUUAAUAUUUUAAAAAUUAUUUUAACCGUCAAUUUUUAAACUGCACUAUAUUUUUAUCACACUAUAUAACUUUUACCAUACAACAUUGAAUAAUAAUAUUUCGGGGCUAAAAAUUACUAUAUCAUUUUAUUUUCGUCAAGAAAAUUACAAAAUUCAAUGGUUCAAGACAGUGGUGACCGACCACGGCUCAUGGGCCGAAUCCGGACCGCGAUCAUUUAUUAAUCGGCCCACCAAAGUAUUAAAUGAAAAUUGAAAAAAAAAAAAUAAAUUCAAAUUACAAAAAUUAACAAACAAAAAAAUAUAUGUUUACAGUUUACAUUUUUUCCUCGUUGAUAACGAUUAAUACAUAAUAAAUAAUUAAAUAUAUCACUGUGCCUAUAUUAAGAUAUAGUUACAGUAAAAUAUAAUAUUCUAUUGGCUUAUAAGUAAAAGUUAAAAUUCUUGGCCCAUUAAGAAUAUUAUUAUUUUUUUUUUUUUUUUUUAUGGCCCUCUGUAAAAAAAGGUUGGACACCACUGGUUUAAAAUAUUAAAAAAAAAAAAAAAUUUUAUUUAAUUUUCGCUUCUGUGACUUAAUUACACUGUGUUGUGAGAAAAUGAAAUUGCGAUUGUAUAUUAAACUAUUGACACCGUAAAUAAAUACUGAUAUUUGGUGAUUGGAUUUAUAAAACGUAUCUUUUACUUGUAUACUAUACUUAACUAUAUUCUUGAAUGGUUUAAUCAUGAAUGUACAAUGUAAAUAUUUGAAAAUAAUUUUUCGCACAUAUUUCACGUAUUCUUGUAAAAGCCUAACUAUACGGCCACAGUAAAUUGGCUAACCUGUGGUUUUAUUUAGUGUAAAUUAAUUUAUAGCGCUGUACGCGUCACUUGUAUUAAUUUGAAAACGAAAAUAAUAGUAGGACAUCUAUCCGGCAUUUACGUAUAAACGUUUAAAACGAUUAUUGGACAGCCGGUGAGUUCGAGGAAGAAGACCGGGUCUGGCGGGAGUUUAGAACAAGGGUAGCCGACCCCGAAUGGUCGGGAUGAAGUCGAAGAAGACGGAGAAGAAAGCACGUACUUGAUAUUAUUAUAUUAUAUAUUUCCCGUCUAUACCUCGGAUGGCUUAAUUACACGGAUGUGUAUUCAGACAAGGGACAGAAACAACGUUACAAAUACUCGCCAUUAACAUAUUAAAUAUGCGUAAAUCGGAUAGGUUAGGUUAGGGUCUUCGAAAAACUAUACCGAGGAUAAUAGAUAGAUUAUUGUAACAUCGAAUAGUUAUAAAAAAUGAUCUCCUCUAAUUUUAAUAAUUGCAGUGACAAAAAAAAAAAAACACAUGGUAUAUUUUGUUUGGUAGUAAAAAUAUGAUACUUAUUAUAAUGAUUGAUACGACAGACCUUCGGUUGUCACAUAAUUAUGACGCAAAGGUGAAUUAUUUGGUGUGCGAACGCACAAUCACUAUACUAUCAUUUUACACCAUCAACAAGAUAAAUAAAUGCAUACGUGUAUUGGAUGAAAAAUAAGAUAGGUAUUGCAAAAAUACCCAACUCUCAACGAUAUGAAAUAGUUUACAUUUUUAUUUUUACAUUCUGCAGUUUCAGUAUCCAAUAGAGAGUCUGCAUACACAAUACGCAUAAAAUACGUUCGACGACUUUCGCUUGUGUUACAAAUAAUAAAAUUUAAAUUCAUUUAAUAUUUGUACGUAUUGAAAAGUAUUUUCAUUCAUACCCGCGUGUGUAAAAACAUGGCAUUUUAUAAAAUGUGUUAUUUAUUUUUUAUCGGAGCGUUUGCCAUAAAUGUUAUAUCUGUUAGUAUUUGUUAUUAAUUAUAACAUCGCUUAAUUUUUAACUCUUACACGUAUUAUAACGGAACGAAAAGUGCACGCGAUCAAUAAUAUUGCCGUUCGUGUCGGAUAGUAUAGAAGCGAUUUAAAUUGUUCAAAUUGAAUAAGUUGAAUUUUUAACUAAUGUCACUCAUAUUUCAUCAAGUUACUUCACUGUAACAUUUAGUAUUUGUAAAAUGUGUUAGUGUGUCUAAAAUUGUAUUUUUAUCCCGGUAGUAAAAUUUAUUGAUUUUAGUUCUGAUCGUCUCUGAAUCUAAAAAUUGUAUAGUGCUCAAAUAUAACUCAUAAUCAACCAUGCAGAUAUCGAUUUAUUCACAUGCGGUGUAGUAACUGUUUAUAAUGACACCGGUUAUCAUGACAAACCGAGCAUUUGAUAUUUCGUGGUUUUUUUUUUAUUUUUGGAUUUUACUAUGGUAUUAAAUAACACAAUAGCACGCAUAAAUUCGGAAAUAAAUAAUCACUAAUAUUUAGGAAGAUUCUAAUUUGCAAAAAUUAUAUAUGUGUUUGACAGAGAGCGCUAUGGUAAGAUAUUUAUAAAUGUAUUGGUUAUCGACUGUAAUCAUAUCCGUUUAAUCUCCAAAACGUAAUAUAUUUGUCGUAAUACGUAUAACUAUCAUUCAUUUGAUAACAGCCAUAGGGUUCCCGUAGAAAAUCUGCUGGGAAAGUAUGGAAUUUAGAUGGCAUUCAGGUUUUGAAAAUAUCGAUCCAUUUUUAUACAUACAGAUUGAAAAUCGAGCUAUUAAUUUUAUGGUACUAUAAAAAGUCGGCCAAUACUCAUUUAAAAAUAUAAAACAAAAACCGUGCCGUCUGCGAGGGAGACUAGUACGGACGCUUUCCCGCCUUCGAGCUUCCCCGCUCCCCGACAGAUUAGGUUAGGCUUCACUUUCUUUGAAAUCUACCCCCUCCAAAAAAAAAAUUAGAAAUUUUGAUAUUUUCGUAUGAAAAUCUCGAAAAAAUUUCAUUAAAGAACCUAUUUUUCCACCUAUUUGUUCUUAUUCAUUACUGACACGGUUAAAAUCAAAAAGGAAUACGGGCAAGAAACGGGAGACAGCUAGCCUAUUAUAUAAGCAUUUGUUUGAUUUUUUUUUUUUUUUGCUUAUCGUCCUUUUACAAAACAAAGGUUUAGUACCGGCAGUUUCAGCAGGUCACAAUUUGUAAAAUAAUCCAAAGGUGGCGGUGAUAAUUCACCACUGUUAUAAUUUAAAUCAUUCAUCAAUAAUAUACCUACUUUACAUCAAAUAUUAAAAACAUUCAUGUACGUAGGUAAUAAUACCGUGAUACCAUCUGAUUCCAAAAUACAUUUUUUUUAAAUUGUAUUUCAAUAUUAUAUUUUUUCAUGUAAGCAGUUCAUAUGAGCAAAUAAAUAUUUUUUUAGUACAAUCCAAUGUUGACGUACGUUGUUCGCAUAGUAAAAAUAACCUCAUAUCCUAAUAUUACAUGGAAUUAUUCGGUUGACACUUACAAAGGAAAAUAUUAUGUGAACGGAAACACAUCGAUUACUACGGAUAAACUAAUCGAUAAAGUAAGUGGAUCUAUAUUGUACGGUGUACACUGAUACCUAAGUGAUAUUGUAAUUUCUAGAUCUAACUGUAGUUAGACAAAAUAUAUAAUUACCUAUCAGCGGCUUUGUCAAUCAACGCACAUACAUACGAGUGUACGCACGUAUACUCGUUUACUGCACAGAAUUAAAACGGAAAUGUACCAAAAUUAAAAAAAAAAAAAAAAUUGUCUCCUCAUAUUCCCGAAAAAUAAAUAUGACGUAUUGUUUUUAUGUCAUCCGGAUCGUCAUAUACCGGACGACCAUCGUAGAAGACAUCCGCGUACCUAUCAUAGUGCCAUAUACCGGGUCGACCGUACCCAAUUAAAUACCUAUUGAAGUAGUGGAGGCCUACAACUGUGCUGAUCCAGAUGAAAUAAAAACAAAAAAAUGUAUUAUUAGGAGACACAGGGAGGCAAUUUUACUGAUUGCAAAAUGGUCCCGUACGACUUUUUCCGUAUUAGUAUUUAAGGAAAACUUGCAUUAGUUUUAGAUUCGGAGUGUAGCGAGGGAUCUAUUGGUUGUACUAUGUCUGUCUGUGAACAGCCUUUGUACCAGAAAAUUUGCUCUGGAGUAUAGCGCCUUUUCUGAAAGGUAAUUUUCUCUAGUUGGUGCAUUGAGGGGGUCAUUUUUUGUUUUUCAAAAUAAUUCAAAAAUUGCAGCACAACGGUUUCAUUAUUUUUAAUUUUUAGAACUUAUAUUUUCGACCAAAGAUAUUAUUUCAAUGGAUAAACGACAAGAUACCUUUUUGGUUGCAUUUUGAAUCUAGUUUCUAGGUUAUUAAUUCGUAUUUUUAUUUUCUCUAUAAUUUUAUUAAUAAUUACGCAUUACCAAAACAAAAAAAAAAUAACCAUAGAAAUAACUGGAAGUUUUACGAAAAUAAUGCUUUUGUUAUAUUCAAUUUUGUUUUUUCGUUGUAGUUCUGUUUAAAAUAUUUAUAGAUACUUAAAAUAUGGACAGACAACUUACAUGUCUUUUCAAGACUUGGUAAAACUAUCGUAUUGUUUAAGCUACGUAAUUAUUUAUAGACAUUUUAAUUAGUUGAAUUUUUUACGUAAUUAUUAUUUGGUAGGCACUCUGUAAAUAAAUUGUUACACUAAAUAGAAAUGCUUGAAAAAUUGAUUGGAGGUUCGUUAUAAGUGAAGUUUCGUGGUCAAAAAAAAAAAAUUUAAUUUAAUGUUUUUUUUUUUUUUUUAAUUAAAGUUUUAAAAUCAAAUUUUGACAAAAAUGGUAAUUAUUACGGCCUUUCUAAACAUGGAUAACUUCGUUCCGAAUCGUUUUUCGUUAUCAAUGAUUUAUCGUUAGUUACAGUUUUAAAUUAACCACUUUAUGUAUCCUGCCUUCCCCACUAUACUGACCUGCAACAGUGGCCGCACCGAAUCAUAGUAUCAGCCCUUUUUUUUUGUUUACAUAUAAAUACUGUUUAAGGUUGUCGGCGUGUUUGAACGUUGUGCCCCGGAAGGCAUUAACUGCGAAUACUUCCAAUCCUGGACAUUAACAGAUAUUUGCCCAAAAUUAUUGGACAAGAACCAAAUUUGGUCAUCUUGGUACGGUCGUUCAUUUGACCCACCAGUAGUUUGUCCAAUAAAUAAAGUAAGUCAAGAAACAAUUCCACUUUAUGAGUUCGUAACUAAUAAUUACAGAUGAGUAAUUUUGUGUAACCAACGAACUGUAACCACGUAUUAACCAAAAAUAUCUUCAUAAAACUAAUAUAUAUGUCGUAUCCACUUGGUGUAAUCGUAUUUUACAUGAAAUGGAUGUUGUGAAUGUGAAACAAAACGGUGUGCUUGUUUUAAAGCUUCUGUUAAGUGUAACAGUCGUUGCCAUAGCAGUAAUAAUAUUUGUAAAAAUAAGUAUUAAGAAGUAUUUUUGGUUUUUUCAUCUUACCUAUUGAUGUAAUUAAUUAAAAUUUAUCUGCCGAACGAUCGAUAUCUCAUCUUUACAAUUUAUUAAUAAUAAAUAUAGUACGGUGCGAUACGUACCAGUAUCAAUGUUAUUAUUUCGAUUUCACGAAAAGUUACCUAUUGAUGUAAUUAAUUUAAAAUAUUACACAAAGUGUAAAACAAGAGUUUCCAUUUCAUGAAAUGGAUAAAAUAUAUGUCCGUUUCAUGAACUAAAAUUUGACUUACACGUUAUGAUCGUAGUUCAUGAAAUGAACGUCCAUUUCAUGAAAAAUACGAUUACACUAAGUGGAUACGACAUAUACACUUCCUUUUUCCGCAUGUACAACUCCAAUUGGUUUUUGUUUUUUUUUUUUUUUCUGUAGUCUUACUUUUAAAAUAAUUAAAACCAUGUUACAUUUAUUUCGUAUUAUGACAGCUUCCAAUUUAUAUUUAAGACAUUUAAAAUUUGAUUAUUGACUCUUAACUAUAUAUAGCUACUUAUUUGACUUUUAUAGAUACAUUAUCAGAUAAGGAACGGAACAUUUGAUCUCGACCCAAUAAUAAAAAUCUAUACUGAUGCCACGAACUAUUAUUGGAAAUUGACACAGAAAAUGUACGCUGGAAACACACUUGUGGGUUCUUAUAAAAUAGAAACGGUUUUUUUGGGGUAUAGAAAAAAGAACAAGCACCCAUAACUAUUGCCAUCGUCGUGUUUUAUUCCACUUUAAUUAUGUUUCGUAUCAUCCUAUAUACACCUAAUAUUUAUUAAUUUUUUUGUGUAAUCAAUAAUCGUUAUUCAUUAUAUUUAUUAUAAAUUAGUAAAUAUAACCAGUGGUCAACUCGGAUGAACGAAGUGAUCGGAGUCAUCUUCUUGGUUAAGUUAUCAGUCGCCUUUAAUUUAGGUUUUCAAAGUCCGGACGGAUGCUUUAGUUAUUGGCACUUAGACAUUUCAAAUGAUAUUUUAAUAUUCGAAUUAGUCUUAUUAAAAAUUAUUACUUUAAUACCCAGUAAAUUAUUCAUUAGUAGACAUCGUACUUGUUUGUAUACAUAGUAUGUAUGUAAUCAAUAAUCAAUAUAUACAUAUUUUAUAAACCAUUAUAUAAUUAAUUUUACAAUUACGGUAAGUCUGUAAAAUAACUAUAACCACUCAUGUCACAUAAAUAAUCAAAUUUGUAUACAUAUAUAUAUAUAUUAUUAAAAUUGAGAAAAAAAUUUGAUUUUUUUUUUUUUUUUUUUUUGUAUAACAAUUCGAUAACAUGUACCUUAUCAACGAUAUUAUUUUUCGAGAAGCCUUGCCUAACUAAAGAUUUUUUUUUUAUCUUCUUGUAGAUUGAGCCGAAUCGAUGAUGAAGGAGGUGUUGUUAGCACUGAUCCUUCCGGCUUGGCCUACUCUCCUGAACGGAGCCGCCUCUGA